CAUCCAGUAGAAAUGGCAGCGCCUCUCACUUGGAGCCCAGAUCUACAGAAUCAGCAUUGAAUCCCUCACCCACAGGAUUGUGGAGGUCAACCCAGAUGAGAUGGCCACCACACGAUUGCUCUCCAGAUGCUUAUGGGUUCUUGCUUCAAUAUGGUGAAGGGAUCUGCAACUUGACUCCUUCCAUUUAUCGCCUCAGAAUUGUUUCACUUUCUGAAAGGCUGUCGGAAAAGGAAAGGCUGUGUUCAAAGAGGAUUGGUUCCAGGACCCCCGUGGAUACCAAAAGCUGUGGAUGCUCAAGUCCUCUAUAAAAGAGUGUAGAUCAUUGCAUCCAGUUGCCCCUUUGCUUCUGUGGACUCCCAACUGCAGAUCAUCCAAAACAGGACAGGUGCGCACAUCUUGACCGACUCAGCAGGAAGGCGGAUUUUCUUCGUGUUUAAAGAGAAGAAAAAUGUCCCCGUGUCUGUAGAGAUGAUUUGCAGUUCAGCCCGGCUGAAGCUGAGCGAAUGAGACUAUGGGCUGUGCCUCCGCCAAGCAUGUUGCCACUGUUCAAAAUGAAGAGGAAGCCCAGAAAGGGAAAAACUACCAGAACGGAGAUGUGUUUGGCGACGAGUAUAGGAUCAAACCGGUGGAAGAGGUCAAAUACAUGAAAAAUGGGGCAGAAGAGGAGCAGAAAAUAGCAGCCAGGAACCAAGAAAACUUGGAAAAAAGUGCCAGUUCAAAUGCAAGACUUAAAACUAACAAAGAGAUUCCGGGAUUAGUUCAUCAACCCCGAGCAAACAUGCACAUCUCUGAGAGCCAACAAGAAUUCUUCAGAAUGCUGGACGAAAAAAUCGAAAAGGGUCGAGAUUACUGUUCGGAAGAAGAGGACAUCACAUAGCACCGACCUGACCCUCGAACCAGGAGCUACUGCUGUGUAAAUAGGUGACACCCCAGUCGAAACCUUUGCAAAGGUCGGUCCUCUCCACGGAACAGCACUAUCGCAAAAGAAGAUUCGGUUCCAUAUCGUAUGCCCCAUCCAAUUACAGUGUUUCCUAAUGAACUCGCAAAGGAAUAUUGCUAAAAACAAACAAAAAAAAAACUGUCAUUGAACUUUCUUUGUUGCUGCUAGUUAAAACCUGUUGCAACUUUUCACUUCUCUCGUGUCCAGGUGUGCAGCAAAAUUCUGCGAUUUCACCUUAAAGAUACUGUCGGUCUCACAGAGGCGCUCCGGCCUGUUUUCUAUAAGAUGAGGUAGUGGGAACUCGGCUGUCAGACUUCUGUUCUAGAGCGGCCCCGCUUCUAAGCGUCUCCUUCCCUCUGUCCUUCCUCCCUGUCUGUCCCAAAGUGGUCCAGAGCCUUGCUUCUCACGGGCGGGCGACGUUGCGCUUUGGAGAUGGGAUGGUUGCUAUGGCAAGCCUUGGUUCUCUGCUAAGAAGCGGCAGAGAGGCGCUUCUGAUCGAUGGAAAGCAUGCUGUGAGCUGACUCCUGGGCGCCACCCAGGAGCCCGCAGCAGGCUGUGUCCUUUCCCGGGGUGUCUCAAUCAAGCAGUAAGCUCGCGACAUUGGCUUUGCUCAGAGGCAGACGGACGUGUGAUCACAAUCAUUUCAGAUCCCUCUCCCCCACUUUUUUUUCUAAGGAAAUAAACAUUUUACUGUUUUUAUGUA